CUUCGGCAGGUGCCGGACUGCGGUGUGCAACAAACUAUCUUUAGAACAUCUUUGCAAUCAAAACAUUUACACGCAAAAACGACUUGCGUUUGUAUAUGAACAUUUAACAACAUGGCCUGACGAUGUGUGUGAUAAUUGUAAGAACAUCGGAAUGAGUGGAGCGACAUCUUCGGCCGCUAAGAGCAGGACAAAAUACAAGCUGGUGAUUCUCGGUGACGGAGGGGUUGGGAAGAGUGCUCUGGUGAUACAGUUUGCCUACCACCGAUUCCAGGAGUAUCAUGACCCUACUAUCGAGGAUGCGUAUGAACACCAGUGCCGUAUUGAUGGCGAAGCUGCCCACCUGGAUAUCCUUGACACGGCUGGUCAGCCCGAGUUCACCGCAAUGCGGGAACAGUACAUGAGAAAGGGAGAGGGCUUCGUCAUCUGCUACUCCAUCACUGACCACCGCAGCUUCGAUGAAGUUCUAGCGUACAAGAAGUUGAUUGACCGAGUCCGAUGUGACCAGGAUAUUCCCAUUGUGCUUGUUGGUAACAAGUGUGACCUUGAAGAGCGUCGCAAGGUUUCAACAGACGAUGGUGCUGCCCUCGCCCGUCAACUAAGGUGUCCAUUCUACGAAACCUCUGCCGUUCUGCGCCAGUGUGUAGACGAUGUUUUUCAUGGACUUGUUCGAGAGAUUCGCAGGAAAGAGAGGGAGGCUACCGAAGCACAGGCUAAAGUCGAUCGCAAGAAAAACAGAAUGCGAAGAAUGCGUUCAUUUUUUCAUAGCUUGAACUUCUUUAAGAAACGGAGGGCACAUCAGUCAUGAAGAAUCUUUGUCAAGAGGACUACAUACUCAAACAUAUGGAUUUGAAUUAUUUUUCUGGAUCAUUAUUUAAUUAGAUUAUUUAUUUAGAAAUCAUUUGUUAGGUAACAUUGGUGUAAUAAUGCUUCAAAAUGAUAGGUAAUUGACCUGAACAUUUUUACAUCAACCAUGUUAGCACAUCACUCUCCUUCAAACAAACAUUUCUCAGAAAUACACCAAAAACUUGAAUUCUUGUACAAACCCUCUUUAUGUGUUAUGAUGUUAAGUUUCAGUUGGACUAACAUUUGGGCUUAAGGCAAUGGUACAUUCGUAACUACUCGCCUCUUUCCGUGACCUACAAGAAGACUCGUACCCCUAUCGUACGCCAUUAUUGCCAAGAAUCGUGGCUAACCAAUCAAAUAGACGUGGUAAAACACAUUUCAUAACAUGAAAAUGGCGGCACUGUUGAACUUUGAAACUUCGCUAAACUAUGCAAAGCACAAUUUAAACAUAAACUUUGAGCUAAAGGAUGAGAAACUUUAAACACUGAAACAUAUUUACGAAGG